UCUUGCAGUGAGAGAAUUUCUUUGUCUGGAUGAUCCUCCAGGUCCUUUUGACAGUCUAGAAGAGAGCAGGGCUUUCUGUGAAACUCUGGAGGAAACAAAUUACCGUCUGCAAAAAGAACUGCUUGAAAAACAAAGGGAGGUUGAAUCACUGAAGAAAUUGUUAAGUGAAAAGCAACUUCAUAUAGAUGCUGUUGAAAGAAGAAUUAGGGAUUUGUCUUUAGGAAAAAUGACUCGUCAGAUGUCGGGAGAAGAGAGCGAGUGCAGCGGUGAGGUGGAGUCUUCUGCAGUAGAAGCAGACCAGGGUACCCUGGGUGAGGACAGCUGCUCAGAUAAAGAGAACCAUGAGGCGUGCUGGAGUGGCUCUUUGGCUGAGAAUUCUGUACCAGAAAUUGAAGUUGCCGAAGUAGCGUACACUGCUGAUGGAGAAGAAUAGAUCAGGAGCAGCUGCUGCCUUCUGGGAAAGGUUCCUGUUUGGGACGCGCUCUGUGGGCAGGGGCAUACAGCAGCUGUGAAGAAUUUACAGCAAAGAGCAAGAAUGCACAUCUUGAAUGUUUACAUAAAUCCUUACAAAUUAUUAACAUAAGAAAUAUACCCAAUGCUGCUUUGAUUUCAGUUUCUAUCUAGCCUUUAUAUAUUUAAUAUAUUAAAGUCUAAUAAGGGCUAAAAUCAGCUAAAGUUUAGAUAGCGUAUGUACUCAACUUGGCUGACUUUCCUAGCAGAGUGACGAAAGCCUCACCUGAAAUCACCAAACACAUCUAACUAGUGUGUCGUGUGUUGCCACUGAAGUGACACAUUUGAUGUGUUUAUCUGUUUGGUAUUUGUGUUUUCAUAUUCUUAUAGCCAUAAAUUAAUGCUUGUUGAAGUAAAAAUGGACUCAUCUUACAUUUAAUAAGAGUGUAGAAUGUGGUGUUUUUAAAUUCUAAAGUUGAAGAAUAUUCCUCUGGAAAUUUUAAUGCAAUGCAAUAGGAAAACUUACAGUACCAAGAGAAAAAGUACUUACGCAAUGGGAUUAUAGUUGGACAUUUUAAAGAAAAAAAAACCUGGUCAUUUUUGCUGAAGGAGCUAAAAUGAGACCCCCAAAACACUGUGUAUUUUCAUCCCAAGAUGGCAUGCUGUAAUACUUUCUGUUUGGUAAUGCUGCUUUGAAAAUCUGGGAUACCUUUGCUAUAUACCCGCGUAACAAUAGAAUCAGUAAGUUUGCCUUUGGCUUGGAACACUACCUCUUACCAUCUUGCUAAUGCAUCCAUGUUUGUUUAAAAAUAUUCCAGAUUCUGUGGAGGUUAUUGAAAGACUUAUAAAGAAGCCAUAUUUUUUCCUGCACAGUCCAUAACUAGAUUGACUCUAGUUGCAAUGUAUUUUUGUUUCAAUAUAUUGUACACGUGGGGAUAUCGCCACAUGUUCUAUAGCCUAUUUUUCGAAAUGUAUUAAGACAGGAGAUGCACUUUAUAAUUAAGACUCCAUUGUGCCAAGUUCAGUUGGCUAAUUGGUUGAGAGAGGGGAGUUGCAGGGAGACGGUUAUGUAGUGCCUUUUUGUAUUUUACGUGUUCAUUACUGCAGAAUUUUGUUACAGUGCUCUGGGUCAGCUCUGCAGGAUCCUUGAUACAGCUUGUGUUCCGUUCUUCACUUAUUUACUGAAAGUGCCUUGUUUUAUUCUGCUUUUCCAAUAGGAAGAAUGCCGCUUUGUUUUAAUUUUUUUUUUUGUCCUAUACCACCCACGUCGUUUAAUGCUGUUGAUAUGCAGUGUCUUUGUGCUGGAGUUUUCAAAGGGAGCUUUGUACUCCGGGUUGCGCGUACAAUGGCCUUUGUGCAGGACUGUAUGAACCUUCCUGGUGAAAUAAAACUUUGGACAAAA